AUGUCGAAAGACGACACCUGCAAAGUGACUUCGGCCAGCAAGCACAAAGAGCGCAAGCCAAAGAAGCCCCACUACAUCCCGAGACCAUGGGGGAAGCCCUACAACUACAAGUGCUUCCAGUGUCCCUUCACCUGCAUGGAGAAGUCCCACCUGUACAACCACAUGAAGUACAGCCUGUGCAAAAACUCCCUGUCUCUGCUCAUAGAGUCAGACUGGCCCUAUAAGAAAGGCAACAUCCUGCACCCGGAGCAGCUGCGGCCCUUCCAGCAGGCGCACGGACUCCACGGCGCGGCGAAAGAGGAGCUGGAGCAGGCGAUGCGCGCCGAGGACAAGCAGGGGCAACGCAGGUCUGAGGAGGAGGAAGGUGAGGGCAGGGAAAACCACGGGGCCGACGAGGAGGAGGACGCAGGACGCGGGGAGGGAGCGGAGAUGAGCGCUAUGACCAAAGAAAACGGCAGCAGAGGAGACGCGGCGGAAUCGGCUGCCAAAAAGACCAAGCAGCCCGAAUCGGAGCUGCUCAUGGCCGACAUGCUCUCGCUUGAAGAUCAGCUUUUACGAGCUCGCUCCGUGGAGGUGGAGGCCCAGCUGAGGCACUACAAGCUCUCAAAGACGUGUCUGACGGCUCCGGGUCUGCUCUCCGAGCAGUGGCGGCUGCUGGCGUCCAGCCACACCAAGGCCAAAGCAGAGGGCGCUCAGCCUCGAGUGGGAGGUUCAAUCCCCUGCUACCCUCCGCCGCCAAACCUGGUGGACUACCAGGAUCCCACCGGACUCAACCUGUCAGUGCUAGGCGUCGGUUACCCAAUCAGCCCCAGCCUUUUCUCCUACAUGAAUUCAGCGAUUCCCUCGGCAGCCUCCGGUAUCACCGCCCAGACUCACGCGCAGCUCGCACAGCUCCCGUUCCUGGCGUCGGCCGCUCAGCUCAUGCACCCGGCCUCCAGCACGCACUCGGACAGACCCCUCAUCCCCCCUCGCCUCUACUACCCCUUCCUGUAUGAGCACGCGUUCGGGCCCGCCUCAAGCCAGAGCGACGCCGGCAAAUCUCUCAAGGCCUCAACAAACAGCCUGGAAACAAGUCCACUGUCUGGAUUCCAGCCCAAAGUCAAUCUGUGGAAAGUGCCUGCUCUGCGGCCAGGGACCACUGUCUCCCCGGCCGGGUGGGCGUCGCCUCAGGAGGACUCCUCCGAGCCGGGCUACAGGGUGGGGGACAGCGUGAAGGCCACUGCCAAGGAAGGAAAAGCAGGCUGGAGUCUCAAGAGGACGGCCGCACUGAGAAACCCCGAGGGACCCCCGGAGAAGAAACCCGCCGCGGGUUUCACUCUGGACCUCCUGAAAAACAUCCAAGCUGCCUCGACUCUCAACAUGACUGCAGACAAGCUUCUCCUCCAGAGCAGUUCCCAGGAUCCUCAGCAGCACUCUCGGUCAAAUGAAAUAUGGAGCAACAAUCCUCUCGCCAGUCCAAAGACUGAGACAUCUUCUCUUUCAAGCUACGGGGGGCCGAACAGCCAGGACUCGACGGGUGUCAGGACGACUGGGGAAGGAGCCUCUGAGUCGGUCGCCGCUCUCCUCAGCGACCUCUCCAAAGCUCUGCAGGAGUAUCAGGAGGCCGAACGCAAAAUCUCCCACCUGGAAAAGCAGGACCUUCCAGCCCAGCGGCACCUCUGGGAACACCUGAACAAAAUCCGCAGUGAGCUCUCGCACAUCCACCAGGCGCUGGAGCGGACGGCCCGCCAGAGCGACGGGCCGCUCGACCUGUCGGUCAAAAGGGACGCCACGGAUUCCGUGAGCGACCAGAGCGCGAGAGAGGAGGGAAGCUGUAAAGACACCAUGACCGAGACGGAGGAGGAGGACGAGGAGCUGGACGAGAGGAAGGAGGAGGAAGAUGAGGACGAGUGCGAGAGGAAGGUGAUGAAGGCUUCGCUGGAAAGUCGGAAGCAGUCGCUGGACAUGCUGAUCAAGAUGAGCCAGGCGUCGGUGAUGAGCGCCGAGGUCCUCUCUCCGGCCGGUCUGGGCCUGAGACCCAGCCCGGCCGAGGCCCUGUGGCCCGGCAGAACCACCAAGUGUGAGGCGGACUCCAGCGUGCUGCUCUGCCCCGACGGCCGCUCGGUGGUGUUCACCGACAUCCCCUCCUCCGCCAAGCCCCCGAAGAGGCCGCCGUCCAUACAGCGGCUGGAGACCCAGUGUCCUCCGAGCCCUUUGACAGCGGCCGACAACUGA